AUGACUCCAAACUCGCAAUACAAGCACCAUCUCCACCGAAUCGGCAAUUGGCUGCCAGCAGACCAUGAAGCACACCGCGAGUGGCUGGGCGGGAUCAUCAAGACGGUCGACGAUUCUCCUAAAGCUCUACACCCAGUUCUCCAAGAAUUCCAGCACCUGAUCGACACGAACACGCGAGUAUACAUGCUGCUGGCGGGCAUGUUCACCGAAGUCCCGCACAAGAGACCCUAUCGCCACGAUCCGACCGGGCGCCCGCAGAUCCGCGAUCCGCCGCACCUCCUACGCGUGCUCAACCACCUUCUCACCACCGCUCCAUCCUGGACCGAUAAGUCCCACCGCGUGGGUCUCGUCGGGCUGCCUAUCAAUGCGAUCCUUGAUUGGCCCAUGGGCACGCCGAGCGGAUACGCCGCGUUCCUCGACCCGGAGAUCAAUGCCAUGAUUAAGAAAGUCCUCGAUGCAUGGGGGGAGUUUCUGCGCUCGCCGGCUUCAGCAGAGGUGCUCAACGACUCGUCGCAUGGCUGGUUCGGUCCCUCGGGCUGUCGCGACCUCACCGCCGCCGCCAAGGUGGGCCCCACUAUGGCUUCGACACUCGAUUUCCAGGCCAUGUUCCAGUGCGACCCGUCGGCGCCACACCAUGGCUUUACAUCGUGGGAUGAUUUCUUCACCCGCCAGUUCCGAGAGGGCAUGCGCCCCGUCGCGGACCCGGAGGACGGCCGUGUCAUCGUCAGCGCUUGUGAGGCGCAACCCUAUCGGAUUGCGCAGCAUGUUGCGGCACGCGACAGUUUCUGGAUGAAGAGCCAGCCCUACUCCGUGCUCGACAUGCUGGGGCACGACCCACGUGCCCAGUCCUUUGUCGGGGGCACGGUGUACCAAGCGUUUCUGAGCGCGCUGAGCUAUCACCGCUGGCACGCGCCCGUAUCAGGAAAAGUAGUCGCGGCAUACGUCGUGCCUGGCACGUACUACUCGGAACCAUUAUUUUCAGGGGUCGGUAACCCGAGCGCACAAACCCAGGACAUCGAUCUCGCCGGCGAGGUCACCUCGCAAGCCUACAUCACGGCAACGGCGACGCGGGCGGUGAUCUUUAUUGAGUGCGAUGAGCCGGCCAUUGGGCUAAUGGCCUUUAUUGGGGUCGGCAUGGCAGAGGUUUCCACGUGUGAGAUCUCCGUGCGGGAGGGCGAUCACUUGCGCAAGGGGGACCAGAUCGGAAUGUUCCAUUUUGGGGGCUCGACGCAUUGUCUCGUGUUUCGGAAGGGUGUCAAGGUGUCGGGCUUCCCGCAGCCGGAUCUAGGCGAGAACGUACCGGUUCGAAGUCGCCUAGCGACUGUGGAAGAGUAA